UCAUCGACAGCUUGAGUUAGUCGUCUACUCAAGGGGAAGAAACUAUGAAGCUCUCUUUGCCAUCUCUUCUCCUCUUCGUACUGAUCAAUGUUGUGUUCCUCCUACAACUGGGCUCAUGCUAUGAUCCCAUAGGCUCCUCAUGCGACACUGGUAGCUGGACUCCUUCUCAGUCUGCCAUCAACCGUGUUUUCUCGCAGCUGGUGGCCAAGGCCCCCAACAACAACUUCGCUACCGCGAGCUACGGCAGCGGCUCUUCAGCCGUGUACGGUCUCCUCCAGUGCCGCGGCGACGUCCCCUCCUCAGUUUGUGCACAAUGCGCUAGGGAUGCCGCUGCGCAGGCAAAGGCUCUCUGCGGAACCAUGGGCCAGGCCAAGGUCUGGUUCGAUUUCUGCUACAUUCGCUACGAUACCACCAACUUCUUCGGCCAAAUCGACACAGGCUACUCCGUGGUCUACGUCAAUGGCGACAGCCUGCCCGACGCUAAACUCUUCCGGAAGAAGGAGGAAAACUUGAUGAGGAAGGUGAGCUCCAUGGCCGUGGUUCCGGGCGGCCGUGCCAUCGGCACUGCACAGACCCAGUACAACUCAACGGUGACCAUCUACGGCUUGGCCCAGUGCACCAGGGACUUGGAGCCUGUUUUGUGUGCCAAGUGCCUGGGCACGGCUAUCUCCAACUUCCCCACGUGCUGUGACGGGAGGCAAGGAGGCCAGGUGAGCUAUGGCAGCUGCGUUGCACGUUACGAGAUCUACCCGUUCUACUACCCUUUGAUCGGCAACUCUGCCUCUUCUUCUUAUUCUACCACCGAUCACUUGAAGAGUGGCCGAGUCGUUCGCUAUGAUCCUUGAUGCUACUUCCUCGUCGCGCGGCUUUUUGUGUAUUACCUUCAUCGUACUACAAGCUCUCUCUACCUCUUCCUCUCUCUCUGCGCCUUUGGUUGAUGGAUCAUGGCGCUUGUGCUGUCUGGGUUCCGAAUCAUGGAGCUUAUUUUAAUAAAGUGACGAGAAAGGUUCUCGUGUUAUUGUAUUUUGUUUCCUUUCUGGUGCGCAGUUGUCAUUAUGAUGGUAGUGACUUACUUUUGUGCUUUAAUAAUGAAAAUUCGAAGUUGGGCAGAUCGAGUACCUUGUAAUUUCUUAAAGUUUGUGCAAUAUA